UGUUACUAUUGAUAUCGAUUGCUUCAAAAUAUUUAAGCAAUGAUGGUCCCGCUAUUCAUCUCAAUGCUCUUACUUUUUUCUAUUUUGGAGGUAUCAGAUGAAAAAUCAAUAUCUAUUCCUCACAAAUUUAAAAGUGAUGCUAUUGAGACUCACUGGCCAGAAGAAAAACGGGCGGUUCCGGUCACAUUACAUGAAGAAGAUGAACCAGGUUAUUUGAGAAAGCAACUAUUAAAAUUUGGAGAAAUGGCUAGCAAGAUCGGCAAUUCAGUUGGAAGUCAUGCAUCCUCCAUAACAAGGGCAAUCGACAAAGUUUGUGAAGUUGUAAAAACAAUAAUUCCGGUGAUAGCGGCUGUUUGUCACGUAGGACAGUUUAAAUUCUGUAUGGCUGAAGGUGAUAUUCCAAAAGACAUUAGUAUUGAUUUGGAUUAAAACUAAAUUUUGCGUACAAAAUAUGGUUUUAAGUUGUUUUUCAUUAUAUUAUAAUCAUCACACAAUAACUACAUAAUGUUUGUGUUUUAGCAGAUAUAAAUUUUAUAGUAUGUA